UGCAAAAGAGACAAUGCUGUCUCGCGCUGCUAAAUGGUGAUACCAGAAAUUAUUACAAAUUGAACGAUAACUUUUUAUAACUUUGAGAAAAUAUUGCUUCAUAACAGCUCUCUGCUACUAAGGACCAGGAUACAAAAGAAACGGAGAUGGAAGGUGGUGGGUGUGAUGAAGGUCUGCCGGAGAAUCAGAUGAACAGGCAGGAAGAGGGUCCUGAUGAAUUUACUGAGCCUCAGGAGAGAGAAUCAAUGGAGCAGUCAGACCAUUAUGACAGAGGCACUGAUCAUGCUGGGAUCAGGGGACUUGCAGCUGGGACCAGUGAACAGCACUCCCUCCAGCUGGAGAUCAGUGGCAUUGAGGCAGAAAGGAGUAUCAGAGAGAAUGAUGAGGAAGAGGAAGAGGAAGAACUUGUUGUGCUGGAUCCUGAGCAUCCUUUAAUGAAAAGAUUCCAGUCUGCACUGAAAAACAACCUCAGUAAUCAGCUGGAGAGAUUGAACCUUGAGCUCCGCGAGAAGAUAGUAGUUGAGAAGGCAGAGGCUCAAAAACGCCACGAACUUGCUGAAGAAGUAUACAUGGUGCAUGAGAUGUUGGCCAGACUCCAGGCCACUCUGGAGGCAAGUCAUGAGGCUAAUGCCCAGGCUGCUGCUCAGCGCAGACAGGCCCAAGACCAACUAGAUGGGGUAAAAAAUCAGUACCAAGAUACUGCCAGUCAGGCCAACAAACAGCGUAUACAUGUAUCUGAAUUACAGUCUAAAGUGGACAGCCUGGCCCUGAAGUUGCUCUACAUGCAGGAGGCCAAUACUGACCUUCGCUCAGACGUCAAAGCCAUAAUAAAUGCUUCACACAAAGCCCAGAAAGAGAGAACUCAAGCAGAGGAGCACAAACACCAGCAGGAUCUUUAUGUUGAGCGUUUGACCAAGCAUGUGGAAAAGCUCUCAGAGCAGAUCUCUCUGUAUGAAGUUCAGAUUAUUGCUCAGACUGAGCAGACAAAGGCUGCAAAGGAUGCUCUUUCUGAGGCACAGCUGGAACUGGACUCUGUGGUUUUUGAGCGUAGGCAGUUACUCCAGCAGUGGAACAGCAGCCUGUUAAUGAUGAAGAGGAGGGAUGAGACUUACAAUACAAUGCAGGAGGAACUGAGGCUGGCCAGUGAUCAGGUGCACUCUCUGGACACAGAGAUUGAGGGCUACAAAAAGUCCAUCACACAGGAAGAAGAGCAGAAUGAGCGUCUUACUCUGCGUCUGAACCGGGCCCAGAAUGACUCCACCGCCUCACGUAAACUAAUCACACACUCCCAGAACCAUCAGGAGGUCCUGCAGGCCCAGUAUAGCACAUAUACACGAAUGCUGCAGGAGACAGAAAAGACCCUCAGUACACUGCUUGUGGACCAUGAGGUGCGUCAGUCUGAGCUCAAGGCUCUUAGAAAGCAGAUGGAGAAAGAAUCUGCAGGGCGUGUGGAUCUGGAGGACCAGAUCAUGAACAAGCUGCAAGAGCGGCUUACUCACAAUAAUGCAGCAACGUAUUCACGUCGACUGACUGAUAAAACUGCAGCACAUUGGAGAGAAAAGGAGGCUCAGUUAACUAAGUUAGAGAAUGAUAUCAAUGCAGUAACGCUGGAAGGACAAGAGGUGGCGACACAUCUGGAUUCUCUGGCUGCAUUUCAAGCUGAACUUGAGCAGGGAAUAAGCCAGCGUCACAUGCUACUGUCUUCUCGCGAGGCAGAGAUUGCUAAACAAGUCACAGAUAUUGAGCGAAAACAGGCCAUCAUUAGCAUCUACAACAAGAAGAUCAAGGAUAUUGUGUCCAGUACUGGGCAUGAAGACCUAAGUCCUUUGGAGAUCCGUGCAGCUACUCUAUCUAAGAAGCUGGAAGAAGUUGGUGCUGAGAUUAAAGAGCAGCAGCAGUUGUGGCUUUGGCAGCAGGGGGAGCUAGUGAGAUUCACUCAGGAAAAACAGGCACAAAGCUCUUCUGUACAGACCCUGCAAACACAGUUCACAGUACUGCAACAGAGCAAAAUCAGGAGAGAGAGUGAGAUGGAGCAGGAUCAGCGAGAGCAGGCAGAUCUGGAAAAACAGAUUAAAGCUCUCAUGACAGACAUGGUCAAACUGAACUCUCUGCUCAGUAAGAACAGUGAUCUGAAUCAAGCCCUGCAGCAGAGCAACAGUCUGAUGGAGACAGAGUUCAGACAGAGUCUCAAGGAGGCUGAGAGGGAUUCGGUUGAGACUCAUUUGAAGCUGGAGAGGUUAAAUGAAGAGAAAGAGAGACUUGUGAACAGUCUAGUGGAGGCAGAGCGUCAGAUCAUGCUGUGGGAGAAGAGAACCCAGCUUAUGCGAGAGACUCGCUCUGCCAUAGAUUCAGACAUUGGACAGGGAGACAUACGAACCAUGAGAGCAGAGAUUCACCGCAUGGAGGUUCGUUAUGCUCAACUGAUGAAGCAGCAGGAGAGGUUGUUGAGAGACAUGGAGUCAGUGGUGGCCAGACGUGAGACAAUAGCUGUUCGGAGUGAGGCUCAGGCACGAUCUGACCAUAAGCAGCCCACACACAAUGACUACCACAACACUCUCCAGAGCCUGCGCCGAAAGAUUCUCCAAGCAAAGAAGCAAGCAGAAGAGUGUGAUGGUGUUAUAACUCAUCUGGAGGAGAGGCAGGGCUCUAUGACCUCCAGCCUCAGAGACAAACGAAUGCAUCUCAAUGACCUGCACAAUACCAGUGCGGUUCUCACCCGGGAGCUCAGCGCAUUACAAGAAACCAAAGAGAGAAGCUUGUCUCGCGUGCCCAUGCUGCAGGGCCGGGUGAAACAUCUGCAGGCUGUUAAGGAGGGACAGUACACUCCGGUGGCCAGCGGAGACACGGCACUGGAGCUGGCUACACAGAAACUGGAAGAGCGAUUGAAAAUGAUUAGCUCCAUUCUCCAUCAUUUUGCUGAAGAGUACCCUCAGCAUCACAGCUCCCUCCACAGAAUCAACCUCACAUUGGCAGAACACCUACACAGUGGACUUCAGGACAGCCAGUGACCACAGAAAUAUGUAUUGCAUGAAAUAGAAGUCACGUAUGUACAUACAUACAUACAUGUUUGCAGUUGUUGGCCUGGUCAUUAUGAGGUCUGGUUUAUUAUGACAGAUGUUGAAAGGUCAGAGAAAGGGAUACUGAAUAGAUACUCAAGGGAUACUGAAUAGGACAAGGACAUGUCUUUAGAUAUAGCAAAAAAAAAAAACCUUUUGAAUUAACUUUAUUGUAUCAGUAUGCACACAGUGGCAAUCAUAUUCACUUUAAAAACAUUGUUAUUGAGUAUUUUGAGUAUUUUAUUAAAUAAGUACCCUUUUUAAAGGUUUUCUUUUAAUAAAUCAUUUAUAGCAUGUAUAGAUAUAUAGUAAGCUUUUAUUUUUCACAAGGUAAUUAGAAGUUUUGUUGUUGUUUCAUUUUUCUAUGACAGUGAUGUGUGUAGCUACAUAACUUUACUUUAGGUACAAAUCUGACAAAAACUUAGAUUAUUUACAAAUGAAGAUAUCCUUAUUUGUAAAAAUGACUACAUUACUUAAUAUUACUUAAUAACAGUAAUAAGUCAUUAAUGUUGAUAUAAGUAAUUUUAUUAAAACAACAUAGGUUAUCAUUGCAACAAGAUUCCAUUCAUGUAGCUGAACAAUUAAACAGUUGUGUGCUGAACAAUUAAACAGUUGUGUGCGUUUGUAUAAUAACACUUGUACUGUAGAGUCUUCAGAUGCAUAAUAGCACCACAGGUUUCAUUUACUGCUCUAAUACAGCAGGAGUAUGGUUUCAGUCAUACACCCAACCCUUCAUUUAGGCCUGGGCUGUGACUGCCCAGUCACAUUCACAUUCAUACAGGCUUUGUUACGAGUGUUUUCAUUUAGAGAUGGCAGAUAAUGCACUAUACAUUCAUCUAUUAUGUUAGUUCAGUUUAAUACAUAUUAUUAUGUGCAAUUUGUGUAUAAGUGGCUUAUAAAAUAUACAUGUUUAAAUGCUUGGUAAUUAAAAAUAAGUCAGCUACUCAACACAUUCUGAUCCAUUGUUACUUAUUUUUUCUCUGUGUGCUUUUUGUUUCGCUUUGCAACACUAGUGUGAUGAUUAAUAU